AUAUUUUAUUUGUGAAAACCUUGAGGUUAACAAAAAAAAAAAAAAUAUAAGUAAAUAAAAAUAAAAAGUUGGCGCUAAAGCAAAGAUUUUAAACAGUACACAACUUGAAAACAGUUAUACUGCUUUGGAAAAUUAUUACUCAUUGGUAAAUCACACCCGCUAAUCUUAUCUCUUAGUUAACGAAAAGUAUCAAAACAAGACAAAACAAAAAUUUCACACUGCCAUAAAUUGCGAAAAAUUUAAAAUCAACUAAUAAAUACAUUUUGAAAAAAUGGGCGAACGUCGCGGUACAAAAGCUCUGGAGUUAUGGUGCAGACGUAUGACGGAGGGUUAUCCGGGUGUCAAAAUCGAUAACAUGACCACUUCAUGGCGAGAUGGCUUGGCAUUUUGCGCUAUGAUACAUCAUUUCCGCCCAGAUUUAAUUGAAUUCGACAAACUCAACAAAGCCGAUGUAUAUUACAACAACGAAUUGGCCUUCACAACAGCGGAAAAAUAUUUGGGUAUACCUGCCUUGUUGGAUGCUGUAGAUAUGGCCACCUACGAAGUACCCGACAGAUUGUCAAUACUUACUUAUCUAUCACAAUUCUAUCAAGUAUUUGCCGCACAAGAUUCACCCAACAGACUGAAACGUCCAUCGCCAACUGCAUCUGCGGAAAAGACACAAAUCACCAAGACAGCUGGACCACCGCCGAAGAUGGCCCACGUUGUUGGCGUACCCAAACGAGAUCCGUGUCAGAAAUGUCAGCUACCCGUCUUCCUCGCUGAACGUCUAUUGGUCGGCAAGAAAGUUUAUCAUCGCACUUGUCUGAAAUGUGCACGUUGUGGCUCACAACUCACACCCGGUAGCUUCUAUGAGACCGAAGUAGAUGGUGAAUAUUGCUGUGAAACAUGUCCCGACGAGGAAGUGCAAUUGAACGCGUCUACUGGAGGUGAUUUAGCAGCCAGUAGUGUACAAUUACGGCGUGGAAGUGAUGAUCAAACACCCUCCACUUCUAGCACUUUCAAGACGGCGCUGCCGAAGAAUGCGCGCAGUUCUAUAGCCGAUCGUUUGGCAUUCUUUGAGCAAGCUAAAAAGGAUGCCAACUCACCGAAAAGCAGUGAAACAGCAGCAAGCAGUAAAUUUUUGUUACAAAAAAGCGUCUCCGACGAAGAGAAAAGUAAGAGUUUGCAGCGCAUGGAAGCGCCGACCACAACGUCGACAUACAAAAUAAAUAGCGCGCUUAGCAGUUUUCUCAACGACACCAUCGACGGUGAGGGUGCGGGUGAGAGUGAGGAUGCGGAUGCGGAAAGCUUGUCACACAAUACAGUUGGUAGUAAAUCCGGUACGGAGACACAAAUGGAGACGUCAGAUACAGAAAAUGAUGCGGAGGAGCCCAGUUUGGAUGACGUUGCGCCCGCAUUACCUAGAACACAACCACCCUCAGUGGCAGAGGAGGCACAGCAAACAAAUGAUGUUUACAAAGAGAAAGCUGCGGCCGAAAAUAAACGGUUUACAGCCACCGCGCAGUUGCAGCUAGGGUCAACAGCCCAAGAAACUGCACAGCCGCAAGCGUUCGAGUCGACUGAAGAGACAUACGAAGAAAUUAGCGAGCAAAUUGCAAACGAGAGAAAGACGGAGUUAAAUGUAACAACAACUACAGCUUCUCUGACGACACCACUUCGAGAACAAGCUGAUAACGUAAACAAUAAUGGUCAUCAACAGGACGAUUUCAAAACGAUACCAACAAAAGCGGCCGAACAAAAAGCGCAAACAAGCCUAACAGCAACAAAUAAUUUAGAUUUAAGCGAACCUAAUUCUAAUGAAGAUGUUACCAAAGACCAGAUUGCUGAUACGAACGUAAUUGCUGCAGCAACAGCACAGACGCCAACACAGGUUCCCUCCGCGUUGGCAAGCAACACUACGGAAAAGCUGGAAAAAUUGCGUGCGAACCUAAAAGAAUUGGAUACGGAGAGUGGUACCGAAAAUAUGGACACCACCAAUGAGAAACCUGUCGAGAUGCGCGUCAAGUCACUGGAGUCGCCAGAGGAUAAGGCAACCACUGAGCGGCUUAGUGUGGUGCGUGCGCGUCUGCAACAAUUCGAAGUAAUUGCAAACAAACAUAAUAAUAAUGCUAGCGAAGAGAAGCAAGCCGAUAAUAAUACGCAUAAUGAUAAUAAUACCGUUACUAAUAAUGAUGUUAAGCUAAGUGAACCUGAAAUUGUUAGUACUAACACUAAUAGCUAUAAGAAGAUACUGAAUACCGGUGUUGAAGUGGCCGCCAAAAUGGAUGAGACGAACUCUACGACAGCAUCCACACCAGCUACAGCAACUACAACAAGGGCAAGUAAUGAAACUAGAGAAACCGAAAGUUUAACUAAAGAAAAUCUCGAAGAUGAAGCAAAACUACGAGCAAUGGAAAUAGAGAAGUCGGAAAAGAUUGAAACUAAAACAAGAGAAAUCAUGGAACUCGAGGAGUCAAAUGUAAAUGAAGUGCCUUUAGAAUUGGAAACAGAAGUAAAAGACAAUAACAUAGUAUUAGAUGUAAAACAAGGUAGCGAACCCAAGCCCGCAUUGCGAACACCAACAAUAACGCCGAGAAUAGAAGUAAGCAAAGUGGAGCACAGCGAAGAAGCUGCUACAAAAGACUUAACUGCAACGAAGCAGGCUGCCAAGGAAGGUGAAAGUAUUGAUAGCACUUCGCAGCCAACCCCAGUCGCCGCUGCUCGAGCAGAAAUAGUAGAAAAACUAACAGCAACACCCAACAAAACCACACCUGAUGAAUAUCCCGAAGACUUGAACCCCUUCAAAUCCGACGACGAAGAUGAAGAGGCAGAUAUGAACAAGGAAAAUCUACAAACCCCGCAGUGCAUGGAAAUAAGAACACCACAACCGCGUACCGUUAGCAGUGACAAUACAAGCACAAACGCUAAAUCCACAGAAAAACCACAAAGUCUCAAUCCAUUCGAUAGUUCCGAUGACGAGAUCGAACUGGAGAAGUCAUCACGCAAUUCAACAGCAGCAUCUACGCCUUCAACUGGUAAGGUGCCACCACCACGUCCACCACCACCACGCAUUUCACGCAAUCCAUUCGGCGAAGAGGCCGACGAAGUGGCAUCGAACUUUUCACGUCGUUCCAGUUUGUCAUCGUCGCUGACAAAAAAGACGCCGGUACCCACGCCACGUACAAAUCUGUAAGUAGCAAUGAGUAAUG